AUGGAAGCACAAGAUUACUUUGUCGGUGGUGGAUACUACGGUGGUGCCGGAGGACUCGACCAAUUCUCGCCGGAGAAACGUCACGGUUACAGUGAUCAGAAGCCUUGUGAGCCGUUUGCCAUUGAUGACCUGCUUGAUUUCUCCGAUGCUGACGCAAUUAUGUCAGAUGGAUUCUUCGAUAACAAUGUUGCCGGAAAUUCAACUAACUCUUCCACUGUUACCGCAAUUGACAGCUGCAACUCAUCAGGCUCAGCCGGAGAUAACCGUUUCGCAGGCACACUUGUUCCCUGUGGUUUUGCCGGUGAUGUUCAGCUCACCGGUGAACUCUGUGUUCCGUAUGAUGAUAUGGCGGAAUUGGAAUGGCUUUCGAAUUUCGUGGAAGAUUCGUACUCUGCUGAAGAGGAAUUGAAAACACUGCAACUUCUGUCCGGCGCCGGUGCAGAAACGCCUCUCCCAGGGAAAGCGCGUAGCAAACGCUCACGCGCGGCUCCAGGAGACUGGUCCACGCGCUUGCUCCAUCUCCCCGACGCGCAGGUUUCUCAGAUGAAUAUUAUGCCGGUGAAGAAGCGUGAGGAUCCUAACGCAGAAUGCUCCGGGAGAAAAUGUCUGCAUUGCGGCACCGACAAGACGCCGCAGUGGCGAACCGGACCGAUGGGACCGAAGACUCUUUGCAAUGCUUGCGGCGUGAGGUUUAAGUCCGGUAGGUUGGUGCCGGAGUAUCGACCGGCGGCGAGUCCGACUUUCGUUUCGGCGAAGCAUUCGAAUUCGCAUAGGAAGGUUCUGGAACUGAGGAGGCAGAAAGAGAUGCAAAGAUCACAGCAUCAACAGCUUCUAAGUCAUGGUUCAAUUUUCGGCGUAUCCAACGGUGGUGAUGAGUUUAUCAAUUAUCAUCAUCAUCAUCAUUGUGGGCCAGAGUUUAGGCAUGUUAUCUAG